AUGGGGGCGGACAGGAGGCAGAGAGCCUCGGCGGCGAUCUCUCUGAGCUUUCUCUCUUUAAUCUUCUCCAUCACAGCCUUCAGCAGCAGCUACUGGUGCGAAGGGACCAGGAAAGUCGCCAAGCCCUUUUGCAGCGAUCUCAGGGGUGGGACCCACUGCAUCCGUUUCAACAGCUCAGGUGCAAAUGACAGCAACGUGGUGCAGUACAUCUGGGAGACAGGCGACGACAAGUUUGUCGACCGGAAGUUCCAUGCCGGCAUCUGGUACUCUUGUGAGGAGGUUAUCACUGGAGAAGGUGAGAAAUGCAGAAGUUUUAUCAGCCUGACACCCCCGGCAGAUCGAGGGGUUCUGUGGUUGUCUAUUGCAGCAGAGGUCCUCUACAUCGCUUUACUCCUGAUGGGUGUCACUCUCAUGCUGAUUGAAAUCUGCCAUUCCAUCAGCAUCCUGGAUGGGCUGAAGCUCAAUGCGUUUGCUGCGAUAUUCACUGUUCUAGCAGGUCUCCUGGGAAUGGUGGCUCACAUGAUGUAUACAACUGUAUUUCAAAUGACUGUCAAUCUUGGUCCAGAGGACUGGCGCCCACAGACCUGGGAUUAUGGCUGGUCUUACUGUCUUGCGUGGGGCUCCUUUGCCUGCUGUAUGGCUUCCUCUGUGACCACAAUGAACAGAUACACAAAAACUAUUCUGGAGUUUAAGUAUAAACAGAAAAAACUGGAGAGAAGUUUAAAGGCGAAAUCCAACUCCCCCAAUCCAGAAAAGGCCUGGAAGAUGUACAUUGACACCAUCCACCACAGCACAACUGAGGACUUCAUGCAUCACUUGACGGACAUUCACAGUCCAGCCAGUCCGUCAGCAUUUGCAGAACUGAAUAAUAUCCCCAUGGCACAUUGUGAAGAAUAUUGCUAA